AUGGCCUUCGACAUUGACGGGGUGCUGGUGAGGGGACAAGGGGUCCUACCCGGGGCCCGUGAGAGCCUUAAAGCUCUGGAAGAUGCCCGUGUUCCGUAUGUGUUCGUCACGAAUGGGGGGGGCUGCACGGAGGAGGCGAAGGCGAGAGACCUGACCUCAAAGUUGGGAGUGCAAGUGCACCGAUCGAUGGUGGUUUUGUCGCACUCUCCGAUGAGGGCGCUGGCACCGGAAUAUUCCGGGAAAAGGGUGAUGGUACUGGGGUCCUCGGCCAAGAAAAUAGCCGAGGAGGACCUCGGCCUGCUAGACACGGUUGAGUGCACAGGUUUGCCACGAGCCUGGACUCGCAGACCGAUUCAGCUUUGGUUUUGA